GGACACCCAUCGAUCCGCCCAUCGAUCCAUAGAUCGAUCGAUCGAUCGAUCGCCAUGGCCACGUUCGACAAGCCCAAGGUCGAACUUCACGUCCACCUGGAUGGAGCCAUUAAGCCAGAGACCAUUCUCUACUUCGGCAAGAAGAGAGGGAUCCCUCUUCCUGCGGAAACCCCCGAGGAGCUGCGGGACAUCAUCGGGAUGGACGAACCUCUCAGCCUUCCGGAAUGCUUAGCCAGAUUUGACUAUUACAUGCCGGUUAUUGCGGGCGACCGGGACGCCGUGUACAGGAUCGCCUACGAGUUUGUGGAGAUGAAGGCCCUGGAGGGCAUGGCCUACGUGGAGGUGAGGUACAGCCCACAUUUGCUGGCCAACGCCAAGGUGAAGCCCAUCCCGUGGAACCAGGAAGAAGGUGACCUCACACCUGACGAAGUGGUGAAGAUUGUGAACGAAGGACUGCAGGCCGGGGAGCGCGAUUUCAAAGUCAAAGUCAGGUCUAUUCUAUGCUGCAUGCGCCAUAUGCCAAGCUGGUCUCCGGAAGUGGUGGAGCUGUGUAAAAAAUACCACAAUCGGACCGUGGUGGCCAUCGACCUGGCUGGGGACGAGACCAUCCUAGACAGCAGCCACUUCGAAGGCCACGUGAAGGCCUACCAGGAGGCCGUGAGGAGUGGCGUCCACCGGACCGUCCACGCGGGCGAGGUGGGCUCCUCCAAGGUGGUGGAACAGGCUCUCGACGUGCUCAAGUCUGAGAGGAUCGGCCACGGCUACAAGUCUCUGGAAGACCCGGUCCUGUACGGUCGCCUGCUGGCUGAGAACAUGCACUUUGAGAUCUGCCCGUGGUCCAGCCACCUGACCGGAGCCUGUGACCCGGAUUUCUCCAAACACCCUGUCAUCAGAUUGAAGAACGAUAAAGCCAACUACUCCCUCAACACCGACGACCCUCUCAUCUUCAAGUCCACCAUUGACACUGAAUACCGGAUCACCAAGGCCUUGAACUUCACCGAGGAGGAGUUUAUGAGGCUGAACAUCAACGCGGCCAAAUCCAGCUUCCUUCCUGAGCAGGAGAAGGCUGCCCUGGUGGAGCAGUUGUACAAGGCCUACGGGCUGCCCCCUGGCACGACCAUCUGAUCCUCCCCUCAGCUCUGAAGCGGUCCUCCCCACCCCGAGGAUUGAGACGGGAGACACCUCCCGAGGCUGAAGAGGACGAAGGCUUCUUCUCCCCCGUCGCCGGACCGCUUUAAUGACCGGGGGGUGAUCUUCAGAAACAGGGCGCGGUGGUGGGUAGCGUUCUUCUCUGCAAUCGGGUGAUUGUUCUGGAUCAGCGCAGCAGACGUCGGUUUCUCGCUGGCUCUAAUUUCUCGCCCACCGUGGGCACACACUCCCUCCUCCUCCUGCCUCAGCUAUUCAAUACGCACAACCUUUCUUGUACCCUCAAGGCCUUGCCAAUCACCGUGGGAAGCUGUGUGGGUCCAAAAAGAAUCUGCAGCUCAGUAAAGGAAAAUCAGUAGCUAGA